UAUAAAUCCCUAGCUGACAAUUAAAUCCAUCUUUUAACAGUUCACAAAACCACUGUCACACAAGAAUGGGAAUUGAGAAGACCCUUAUCCGGCCCGGCACCGGCCCCAAGCCUUUCGUCGGUCAAAACGUCACCGUUCACUGCACUGGAUUUGGGAAAAAUCGCGAUCUUUCUCAGAAGUUCUGGAGCACUAAGGAUCCUGGACAGAAGCCUUUCUCGUUCAAGAUUGGUCAGGGAAAUGUUAUAAAAGGAUGGGAUGAAGGUGUCAUGGGAAUGCAAAUUGGAGAAAUCGCUCGUCUUCGGUGCUCUCCGGAUUAUGCUUAUGGAGCUGGUGGAUUUCCAGCAUGGGGAAUACAACCUAACUCCGUCCUGGAUUUUGAGAUUGAAGUCCUAAGUGCCCAGUGACUUCUUUAUUGGGAUAGUGCCUGUUAGCAACUCUUUUGAACACCAUAUGAAAUACUUUAAAUAACUUGUGAUGAACGCUAAGAUAUAUAUGAGUGUUGUGUACUGACAUUUGGUGCACAAACAUGAAGUGUUUCUCAGUUUUAUGUUGGUUCAAGUUUUAAUUUUACUUGAGUUUGGUGUUGGAUUGAA